UCGCGCUGCGUCUGAGCCCAUCCCAGCAGUCAGCUGCUCCUCGGUGCCCAUCCGAUCUUUGCACCGCAUCGCCCUCCAGCCGGACCCUGCUCCCCAAGCCGUCUCCUCCGAUCUCACCCGCCCCACCACCCAGCCAUGUCAAAAUCCAAGCAGCGCCUUAUGCAGGGCAUGCACCAGGACCUGAGCUGCCCCAGCUGUCUGAAGCUGUUCAAGGCCCCGGUGACGGCUGAGUGCGGCCACACCUUCUGCCUGGAGUGCCUGUCCCAGGCCGCGGCCUGCCCCACCUGCCAGGCCCCCACCAAGGUGGAGCAGCUGCGCAUCAACCAGCAGAUGGAGCACCUGGUGCAGUGCUUCCGGCAGGUGCCCCACGACCACUGCGAGGAGCACAUGGACCCCCUGAGUGUCUACUGCGAGCAGGACCAGCAGGUCAUCUGUGGGGUGUGCGCCUCGCUGGGCAAGCACAAGGGUCACAACAUCAUCACAGCCGCCGAGGCCCACCAGAAGAUGAAGAAACAACUUCCCCAGCAGCAAAUACAACUGCAGGAGGCACAAGUGCGUAAGGAGAAAACGAUCACUCUGCUGAACAGACAGAUAGCAGAGGUGGAGGACACAGUGGUGCGAUUCAAGCAGCAGGUGUCGGAGCAGCUGGGGGUGAUGCGCGCCUACCUGGCGACGCUGGAGGCCACGCUUGGCCAGGAGGCAGAGCGGGUGCAGCAGCAGGCCACGGCCGUGCUGCGGGAUGAGCACAAGACCAUGGGCCACUACCUAGAUCAGCUCAAGCAGAUGGAGGCCGUGCUGGGCGAGGUGCAGGAGGAGAGUCAGACUGAGUUCCUGAGGAAAUAUUGCCUGGUGGCCAGCAGGCUGCAGAAGAUCCUGGGAGAGUCCCCUCCAGUUGCCCGGAUGGACAUCCAGCUGCCAAUCAUCACAGAUGACUUCAAGUUCCAGGUGUGGAGGAAGAUGUUCCGUGCACUGAUGCCAGCUCUGGAGAACCUGACCUUUGACCCAGAUACGGCCCACCCCAACCUGGUGGUAUCGGAGGAUGGCAAGCGGGUGGAGUGCGUGGAGCAGAAGCAGCCAGUGAGCUCAGACGACCCAGGCCGCUUCGACAAGUCCAACUGCGUGGUGAGCCGCCAGAGCUUCUCCAGCGGCGAGCACUACUGGGAGGUGACGGUGGGUGACAAGCCACGCUGGGCACUGGGCCUCAUCUCGGCCGAGACGGGGCGAAAGGGUCGGCUCCAGGCCCUGCCCUCCAACGGCUUCUGGCUGGUGGGCUGCAAGGAAGGCAAGAACUAUGAGGCCCACGUGGAGCACAAGGAGCCGCGGCUGCUGCGAGUGGAGACCAAGCCCAGCCGGAUUGGGCUGUAUCUCAGCUUCGAAGACGGGAUGCUGGGGUUCUACGACGCCAGCGACGAGGACAACCUGGUGCAGCUCUUCGCCUUCCACACGCGCUUCACCACCACCGUCUAUCCCUUCUUUGACGUCUGCUGGCACGACAAGGGCAAGAACAGCCAGCCUCUGGUCAUCUAUGAGCCAGAGCCGGAGGCCUCCUAAUGGCUCCCUGCAGAGCCGGAGGUGCCAUAGCCAUGCCAAGCCUCACCUCACGGAGCCAUGAGUGCCAUAACCAUGUUGCUAAAGGCACUAUAGCCACGCCCAGCCAUGCUCUAUGCUGCCAGAUGUGCCACAGCCAUGCCCAACCUUGACCCAAGAUGCCAGAGCGGAAGUUGCCACAACCAUUCCCAACCAUACCGCACAUCACUAGAAGAGCCAUGACCAUGCCCAGCCAGCCCUACAUCACCAGCUGUGCCACAACCUCACCUCACAUCAUCACGGCCAUACCCAACCAUGCCCACAUCACCAAAUGAGCCACAGGCACUCCUAACCAUGUCUCCUGGGCUGGCGGUGCUGAAACCACACCCAGCCACACCCCACAUCCCCAGAGAAGCCGUGUCCUGCCAUGCCUCGCUAUGCCUGACAUCACCAGACCGGGAGGUACCUCAACCGUGGCCAACGUCACUGUAAGUUCCAUAACUAUGUUGUCAGAUGCUCUGUAACCACAGCUAACCACAUCCUACAUCACCAGAAGCUCCGUACGAUGCCUUGCCAUGCUACCAUCAACAGAAGUGCCAUUAUCAUGGUCCCCCCAUCACCAGAGAUUCAUGCCCCCAUUACCAAAGGCAUCUCAAUCAUGCCCAAGCAUGUGUCCAUUACCAGAGACUCCCUGGCCAUGACCACAUAGCUAGAAGUGCCAUGACCAUACCCCUUGCCAUCACAGCUCCUCUAAACAUUCGGAGCCCAUGGGGCCCAUCUCCAAGCUCCCUGAGAUGGGGAGUGACCCGAAGUGGUUCCAAGGCUCUGGGAUCUGUACAGUCACUGCUGGGAUCUGAGCAUGUUCGCAUCCACCCAGAUAUGGUCUCCAAUAAAACAUGGUCAUGUCCACUCUG